GACGAUCACCCAAGGUUCCCAGUCAGAUAAGAUUUUUCUUUUUUAGAAAAUUAUGCCUGAGUGAUGUCCUGUAUCCCUUCGUAAAGCCACCAUCGGAAAAAAGAAAGAUUUGGAGAAAAUCGAAGAAGAGGGUGGCACAAGAUGCUCUUCGUGGGAUCGGCCAAAUAAAACUCGUGCCAAUAGUGCCAAUCGAACAAUAUCGGGUGCGACUCAGGUCGGCCCUCAGCUGCGCAGACUCGGGCGUGGUUUGUUUGCUCGUUGCCUCGUCGAGUCUGACAUGGAAUUAGGGCUACUGCGAGGACUUUCGUCCCGUCCCGCUUUCAAUCAUUGAAUCACUUGGCUCCCUUGCACAGCUUCUCACUGCCAAGCACAACCUGAAAGUCCUCAUUUUGUUCACGGGAAGGCUGAAAAUGACACAUUGGCCGACGGGUCCCUCUCGAGGAAAGUGCUUGCAGCAUGGACUGAGGCACGUCACUUCCACAGGCUGCGAGUCGGUGCCCCAAAGGCCAAACACCAAAAAGGGGAGGGACAACAGCCUUGGCGCCAUCAGCCGAAGCGCAAGCUCUGGCCCAAGCCACGAAAAAAAAAAAAAAAAACUGCAGCUACGCAAUAGCGAGCCGUUUGUCGCACCUUCCCCCAGCACCAGCACCGGCUCCAACUGCCAUGGGCUCGACUUGACACCACACCACACCACGGCUGAAAGCAUUGCACUUGCACACGUUGGAUCAAACGGGGGGACGGGCAGCCGUUGAUGGCCGGUGGAGAUUUCCCUGCGUGCGUGCGUUGGUGCUGCAGCUGCUUGCGCUUGACUUGCAUUUGACUUUCAGGCUAGACCGUGCCCUCCCAGAUCGAAAACACUCCGCAAGGCCACGCCCGCACGUGCAGGAAUGCUCGGACUCGAUGGUUGCAUUUUCCCACCACAACAAGAAGUCGUAGGGGUCACAGGGGGGCACCCAAUCUGUGCCUAUCUGCACGCUCAGGCGCUGUUGACCUAAGCGCAGCGCCCGUGCCCAGGACCGGUUUGUUUCGAAGAAACCCGGACCCGUCGCUGAUGUUGGGACGAGCCGAGAAUGAAGUCCCUUGGGGGGUUCCAUUCAUUUUUUUUUUUCUUUUCUUUUUUAGUAAUCGUCUAAUGAACGGAUCGCGGUGCAAUCUUGGUCACUCAUCUACCAGGUGCUGUAUACGCAGCCACGUGGAAACUGACAUUUUGUUCAAGAGAAGCCGCUCCACGACACAUCGUCACUCCCGAGGCUGGAAGUCGGUUGUGAAGCUAGGUUGACAGAGCCGGAAGGUGCUUUCUCCAAUGGUGACCCCAGUGGAAAGGAGCAAUACGUUAUCAUGCCCUGUCGUGGAAGGAGGAUCCGGAACUGAACGAAGUGGGAAAAUAAGGGGCUUUCUUGACGGUCCGUCCAGCUCAACUUCUACGUAUCACUCAACCACAUAUUCUCUUCAUCCUCGUACAACCGAGCAGCGUACAGCUAUCCAUUGAAUCCAUACCCCUAAUUAUUGUAUGACUGUACCCAGCAGCAGAUUCGAAUCAACUCCCAGAUUCCAACCUUGUCUCGCCUCGUUGCUCAUCGGAGAGACGCCGUCCCACCUCCAAGUGUCUGCCAACUGUCCACCACAAGCAAAGCCACCCCCAGGAGCACCCAUAAUGGAUUCGCAGGCCAACAAGGGCAAGUCCCUCCUGGACGUCAUCAAGGAGGCCGCCGACACGGGCAGCAGCAGCUCCGGCGUCCAGCGGGCGCCCAAGAACAGAGCCGACUACACCUCGGACGACGCCUCCCUGGGCCAGCCCCAGGGCACGGUGGCGCCCGCUGUCACCCCGGUCGGCCAGCCCACCUCGCCCGCCCGGGACGAGGACCAGGCCAGCGCCGACAAGCCGGCCGACGCCGCCGCGACCACCACCGAGUACCACGACUGGGGCGCGGGCGACGACGAGGACAGCGACGACAGCCACGCGGCGUCUGCGGCCCCGUCUGCCCCGGCCGGGGGCAACCCCCCCUCGCGCGCGUCCGGCGCCAAGGCCGCCGCGGCCACCUUCUGCCCGACCAUGACCGUCGCGGAUGUCUCGGAUGUCGCGGACGGCCAGAGUCAGCAGCAACGUCGGCGCACGAGCAUGUUUGCCAGGAUGCCGUACCAGCGCCCCGCCCCGGCCGCCGACGAGGCUGGGAUCGCCGAAUCGGCCGAGGAUCAAGACAUUGCUCGCAAAGAUUCGCACCAGCCAGAUGAUGUCAGCCUUCAGACACGGCGCAAGUCGGAAGGCGGCCAACUGAUGCGACCUGCAAGCGGGCCCCCUGCGUCCUCGCCCACGGAUGCAGACAAUGGUCUGUAGGUGGCGGAGCUAAAAUAGGAGAAGGCAUAGCCAUUGUCCUCCUUGCCGUACGGGGACAACUUUGACAAACCUAUGAGAGUGUGCUCGGGUGUUGACGACUUUAUCUUUUUAUUGUAUUAUUAUGUUGUUCCGUGAGCCGUGGUGAGAGACCUACAAAUCAGCCCCGACCAAUAAGACUUAGAUAGAAUGCUUUGCUAGAAUCCCAGUACGGUCCAAAAAA